AUUUUCAACAAGUAGUUUUCUGACUAGUCGUCUCAUUACUGCACUCGGCCAUGGAGGUACAGGAGUACGACUGGUUUCAGUCUCUCCAUUUAUCUACGUUGAAUAGUCUUGAGGGUUCACAUUCUUGACUUGUCUUCCCUCCAUGUGAUAAGGUAUCUUUGAGAUUUCUUCUUGUAGUUUCCCUCCUCCUUUAUACCUCCACCGUUUUUCAUCAAAAAAGAAUUGCCAGUCUUGAAAAUAAUUGAGAGCACAUACUACCAGGAUUGAUUAUGUCUAGUUCUGUAAUUCAUUUUCUUCAUUUCCCCUUCCUACUUUUAAUUCUUCUACCAACAAUUUCCACUGCACAAAAUAUAACUUUAGGUUCCUCUUUAACGUCUGGGGUUGCAAACACUUCAUGGAUUUCACCGUCCGGCGACUUUGCAUUUGGCUUCCGUCCAAUUGAAGACAACAGCAGUUUCUUACUUGCAAUAUGGUUCGACAAGAUACCUGAUAAAACCAUUGUUUGGUUUGCUGAUGGAGAUUUACAAAUUCCGGAAGCAUCCAAAGUUGAGCUAUCUACCAAUGGUAGUUUUAUUCUUACGGAUCCUCAAGGCAAAGUAUUAUGGACGGCUGGAGAACAAGUGAUUGGCACUACAUAUGCGUCCAUGCUUGAUGAUGGGAAUUUCGUUCUUGCAGGCGGGCGGAAUUCUUCUGAUUAUUUGUGGGAAAGCUUUAAGAAUCCUAUAGACACCAUCUUACCAACACAGUUUAUAAAUGUAAGUAGAGGAAACUUUAUGCUUUCUUCCCGUGUAAAUGAUACAGCAUAUUCAAAAGGAAAAUUCAGGCUCCGAAUGCACCAAAGUGGAUAUUUUGCGCUCUACCCGGUUGGCUUUCCGAGUCUGACAGAGAAUAAUUACGAGGCUUACGUGAACGUAACUUGGUCACCAGGACCUAAUGGUAGCCGGUUUGUCUUCCGGGAAUCAGGCGAAAUUAAUAUUGUAAGUGGGAAUGGAAACAUCGAUCUUACAUGGUAUCCCACAGAUAUAUCCCCGGACAGUGGGAUGUAUUACAGAGCAACACUCGACUUUGAUGGAGUUUUCAGACAAUACUCUCACCCAAAGACUUUCAUCAAUUCUACACAAAGCUGGAGCAUCGAAAGAUCAAUCCCUGAAAACAUUUGUCUACGGAUUAAUGGUAGACUGGGCAGUGGUGUUUGUGGAUAUAAUAGUUAUUGCAACAUCCAAGGGGACCGAAGGCCUACUUGUCAGUGCCCACCUGGGUAUGAAUUUGUUGAUCCAAAUAAUAUAUAUGGUGGUUGCAGACCAAGUCUCCCUUUACAGAAAUGCCAGGAAGAAGACACAAGCAAUCCGGAGGAGUUAUUUGAGUUAAAGACCUUGGAUAACGUAGAAUGGCCACUUUCAGACUAUGACGAGUUGAAGUCUUACAAUGAGACGGAGUGUAGAAGUUCUUGCAUGAACGAUUGUUCUUGUGCAGUAGCUGUAUUACUGAAUGGAACAUGUUGGAAAAAGAAGCUACCGCUCCCAAAUGGUAGGCUCGAUACUGAUGUUAAAAGAAUUACUCUGAUCAAAAUAAGGAAGGAUGGUAUAACAAUAGAAGAUCCCGGUCGAGCAGAAGAUCGAUCAACACUGGUUCGGGUAGUGUCGAUUCUUUUAGGCAGCUCAGUAUUCUUUAAUUUCAUAUUUUUAGCAUCAAUCUUUCUGGUUUUCUUUUUCAUGAACAAGAAACUGAGUAAAAGAAAACAAACGCCAAGUGUAAUGAGAUCUAGUCCUCGUUCAUUUACUUACCAAGAGCUGGAAGAAGCCACAGAUGGGUUCAAGGAAGAGUUAGGAAGGGGUGCUUUUGGUAUAGUCUAUAAAGGGUGCAUAGAGGAACUGGGUUCAACAAAUUCCAUUGCAGUAAAGAAGCUAGACAAGGUGUUUCAAGAAGGCGAAAAGGAAUUCAAAAGUGAAGUCAGUGCAAUUGGACAAACACAUCACAGAAAUCUUGUUCGGCUGCUUGGGUUCUGUGACGAGGGGCAACAUAGACUUUUAGUAUAUGAGUUCAUGAGUAACAACAGUUUGGCAUAUCACCUCUUUGGAAUUUCUAAACCAGAUUGGAACCAGCGAGUCCAAAUUGCAUUCGGGAUAGCAAGAGGACUCAUGUAUUUGCAUGAAGAAUGCAGCAACCAAAUCAUUCACUGUGAUAUAAAGCCUCAAAACAUACUGUUGGAUGAUAGUUUUACCGCGAGGAUUUCAGACUUUGGAUUGGCAAAGCUUUUAAUGAAUAACCAAACUCGAACUCUGACAGGGAUUAGAGGAACUAGAGGAUAUGUAGCUCCGGAGUGGUUCAGAAAUGCGCCAAUCUCAGCAAAGGUGGAUGUUUAUAGUUUCGGUGUAAUGUUACUUGAGAUUGUUUGUUGCAGAAAGGGAGUGGAACUGGAUUUAGGAGAAGAAGAUAAAAGAAUCAUUCUCACUGAUUGGGCGUACGAGUGCUUUAAACAAGGAAAAUUACAAGAUCUGGUGGAUGAUGAGGAUGUGAUACACGACAUGGUAACAUUCGAGAGGCUGGUAAUGAUAGCUAUAUGGUGUAUUCAAGACGAACCAUCACUUCGGCCGUCAAUGAAGAAAAUAACACUAAUGCUGGAAGGAGUAGUUGAAGUUUCUGUACCCCCAUGUCCUUGUCAACUGAGCACAUAUGUUGGAAAUAAUAGCAAAGAUGACUAGUUGUACAUUAAAUCCUAUAUAAUUGAGUUCAAAUAAGUCCCAUAUGUAUGUAUCAGAAAUUCGGAACCAUGUUUUGAAAUGUUACGUGCACAAAUUCGAACU